AUGCAGUCAUUAUACAAGUUGAGUAAUCAAUCGCAGUUCCACUCCACGGAGUCGAACGGGUCGACAGGGUCAUUUUUAACGAGUGCACCACUGGAACUAACGACGGUUAAAGGGUAUAAUGAGUUUCUAAAGACGAAGCGGGCAACGAUGACUUCUACGUUGUUUAGCGAUGACAAGAGCACUGGGUAUGUUGUGCGGGACGGGGAGGUGCUUGCUACGAUCACGGGGGAGGCCCGUGAUUAUUUGUUGAAGCUGUUUGGAUCUUCAUGA